UCGCUGAGGUAAUGAGUAAUUGCGAAAUAAACGUGAAUAUAGUUCUGUCAUAAUGGCCUCUUCCCCGAGGAUCGUUGUUUCAACAGUUACACAACGAAUUUUAUCUCCGAAGCCGUCCAAGAAUUUUCUCAGUGUCAGACAGACAUUGAGCCCUAAAACUCCACCAAAGGGAAAAGCCAGGUGUUUAUUGAGUAUCGAUACUCCGAAUCGAUUGAGAAUCGUUGAGAAUGGACCACCGAAGGUCGAGGAGAAUAGCAUCAUCGGUUGUGGAGCAUUUGGCACGGUUUACAGAGCUUCUUACAAAGGGAGUGAAGUGGCGGCUAAAAUUGUCAAGCGCAGGAGAAAUUCGGAUCAAACUGUGAGGGCAGAGAGAAAUGCAGCCUCUUUAGCUCACUCUAAUAUUGUUCGAGUGUUUGGGGUUGAGGAGGGAGGGAUCUGGUCGUUGGUGACCAUGGAGUUGUGUGGCACAUCACUGCAGGAUAAAUUGGAUGAGACAGCACUCGAUAGAACUGAGAGAAUCAAUACUUGGCUCGCUGUAUCGCGUGCCCUUGAGUUUUGUCACAGUGCAGGUAUUGUUCAUGCGGAUGUUAAGCCAAAAAAUGUAUUGAUUGCUGCGGAUGGACAACCGAAACUAGCGGAUUUUGGUAAUUCUGUCGUUAUCGGCGAGGAAUAUCCAUUGGCAAUGUUACGAGGAACUCCAGGAUAUCUAGCUCCAGAAAUAACGAAAGGUAAUCCCCCCAGCCCCAGUUCAGACAUUUAUUCCCUGGGAAUUCUCGCCUGGCAGCUGCUGUCCCGAGAAUCUCCCUUCUCCCUUUACCAUCCGCACACAAUUCUCUACCUAACUGGAAAAGGAUCUCGCCCCACUGACGAGAAUCUCGACGACGAGUGCAAGGGUGACUACAAAAAUCUGUACCGAGAGCUGUGGUCACAAUUACCUAAACGUCGUCCCUCACUGGGAGUUACAAUUGAUCGUCUGAACGCAAUGUUAAGUACUUGAAAAAUAAUAUAAUUGAAAAGGCCAAGGUUAUCAAUUUUG